UACAGGAGUGUUUCUAUUGGACGCGAUUAGGACAGCCACCGGCGAAAUAAUUCUACAGUCUGGUAUUUGCUCUUCUUGCGUGAAUUAUACUUGGAAAUAUCCAUCGGAACGCAUAUAAUUUGGAUCUAUUUGGAUUAUUAAGAAUUACAAGGAAACAUUUGGAAUUUUAAUCGUUUAUCGUAAUUCUGAACUGAAUUUUGGAAUUAUUCUAUUUUGUAUCUGUUACCUUUCGUAUUGAAUCCCAUUUAUAAUGUCAAGCAGGAAGAAGGCAAACAGGAGGACGGUGGAAGAGCUCGACGGAUCACAGGGCUCUAGGCAAGUCGUUAACGAUAACCUUUUUAUGGGUAACCCACAUGUUAUGUCUGAUAUUUAUUAUUGUAAGUCAUCGAUAGAGGGUUUAGAAUUACCUAAGGUUGAACUCUCAUAUUUUGAUGGAAGGUCUCGCGACUAUUUUAAGUUCAUACGACAGAUAGAAUCGUUUAUAGAACCUCGAAUCAAGGAUGAUCAAGUGCGUUUAUUGUAUUUAAUUCAUUAUUGUAAGGGAAAAGCAAAAAAUGCGAUUGAAGGUUGUAUUAUUAUGGAUCCUCAAUCAGGAUAUAAGAGAGCUAAGGCCAUUCUAAAACAGCUCUUUGGACAGACGCAUGUAAUAGCGCGAGAAACCUUAGAGGACUUAUUUAGAACUGGGAAUGUAGAAUUUAAUGAUCCUGAAUCAUUGACGAACUUGGCCAUUAAAAUGCAGAAUGCUUCUUUAACUUUAGAACAGCUAAAUUGUACAGCUGAACUUAACUCUAUGGCUACUUUAGAACGAAUAGUAAGGCUCUUACCUCGUCGAAUGCAAGCCCAGUGGGCAGAGCUAGUAUUCAAGUGGGACGAAGAGGAGAGAGAGCCCAAUUUUAACGAAUUGACGGAAUUUAUUAUGUCUCGUGCUAAGAUAGCUAGUAGUAGGUUUGGAAGAUUAGCUUAUCAGGCUAAAACAGGAAAUAAUACGGAAGCUACUAGUGGUCUGCGUGCGAGACAUUCGGAUUCUUCGUUUCUACCUAAAGCACGCUCGGAAGAUAAGAGAUUUGUCAAUUAUAUCACGAAAGCAUACGCUGAUGAAGGACGAGUAUGUGACCGUAACGAUGUAAAGCCUCUUGAUGCGUGUCCUAGUAAGAAGCCGGUUGGUGUAACAGAUAAGAUGGCUUUUCUAAGUGUAGAAAAGAAAGAAAAAGGCGAAAAGUGCAGGCAUCAAGAUGGAUCCGAAGUGUGUGAUGUUAAAAGCCUCUUAGCUGCUCGAAAAGCCUGGAACGGUAAUUUGGAUUCGAAUAAUCAGAGGUUAAUGAGUUCAGCAAAUAUGAACAAAGCCCAGGCAGGAUUGACUGAACGGAAUAAAGCUUAUUUUCGGAACCCUUCAGUUAGGGUAAAUUAUAUAACUGGACCUAGAGUAGAUUCUAGGAUAAGUGAUGGUGGUACAGUAACGGCUAAGAAGCCUAGGAGACAUGAUGCUACUAUUACUAAGAAGCCUGAACCUCAUGCUCUUUCGGAUGCUACGACUAGCUAUGGAAAUAGUAGCCAUCAGAACCUUAGUAGUGACAGUGAUAAUAAGGAUAUAGAAAGUGUCAGAAGUCCACUUAUAGGGACUAGUUUAUCAACUUCAUCGAAUGAGCCUCCUAGUGUUUCGACGCCAUUGGACCUCGUCACGAAGGUUAAGUUGAUUGAAGAUGCACAAGGUUGUGCAGCUGUAACUGUUCCUAUUACGGUUGACUGUCAGUCGAGUGAUGAUGAGAAGAAAGUGUUUGAUGGUAACAGCCAGUCUACAGUGCUGUGUGAUGACGGUGCUGUUGUUGAGCAUAUGUCUUGUGCCGCGGAAACGGAUGCUAACGCAGAACGGAAUCAAUUAGACGUUGAUAAUAAACUGGAUGUCACUGAGGUGACAAAUGAGUUACCGACGAUGAUGAACACUGUUCAAACCUCCUCUGCAUCAGGAGAUGGAAGGAUAAAUAUUGAUCCUACGUCAUGCUACUUAAGGUCUUCUGGAGACGAUGAAAUGUCAAAAUUGGAGAUCCCACCCUUGCAUAUUAUUUAUGGGUCAAAAACUUCUGUUGAUAAGUUAGCUUCACGGACUUCAUGGUAUCUGCUGAUCAGAGCAAGUGGUGGUGGAUUGGCGACUCGUCCCCACGAUAGAGAAUGUAGUCCUUGGAUAGGAUAUGACCAGUUUUGCGACGCGUUGUUCAUGUUCGUAUGGGUUAAUUGGGUAAGGUUUAUACUACCGUUAGGUCAUUCCACGAUAGAUAGGGGAAUCAAGGGCCUGAUGGGAAAGUAUAGGAACCUAGUUAACACGACAGGUCAUAUCCAUGUUGGAUGGCGGGUAGGCGUACUGCUGUAAGUCCUACACGUUAUUCCGGUGUGGAUUAGGGGAUAACAUGGGAACCCUAAAUAAGGUGUCAUUAACGCUUGCUGUUUUUGCAUGGAGGGAUUUUGCGGGCCGGUGUAGAAUUCUUUUUGAAUGUUUUGUGUUUUGGAAAAUCCCUCCAUGUUUACAUAUUUUUGCUAUGACAUGAUGGACCUUUUCUCUUGACAUUUUUGGUAUUUUAUUUGAUUCCAAUUUGAGAUUUUACCAUUGUAUGUUGUUAUUCUUUCCAUAUUUUGUACUUAUAUUGAAGUUUUUGUGUUUGCUUUUGAACUGUACAUAUAUUGUUUAAAUUUGAUAUAAUAUGGCUACCGCCACAUUUUUGGAUAGACGCGGUGGCUGCUGGACUUAGUGUCACUUAUUAGCUAUUGUAAUAGAUACUCUACGGAGUAAUUUAGUCCUGGAAGAAACAAAAAUACCAGACGUUUUCUCCUAGAAAUUUUGACCUUUUGAUUUGGCUGGGACCUGGAUCUAGGAGUAACGUACAGGAGUGUUUCUAUUGGACGCGAUUAGGACAGCCACCGGCGAAAUAAUUCUACAGUCUGGUAUUUGCUCUUCUUGCGUGAAUUAUACUUGGAAAUAUCCAUCGGAACGCAUAUAAUUUGGAUCUAUUUGGAUUAUUAAGAAUUACAAGGAAACAUUUGGAAUUUUAAUCGUUUAUCGUAAUUCUGAACUGAAUUUUGGAAUUAUUCUAUUUUGUAUCUGUUACCUUUCGUAUUGAAUCCCAUUUAUAAUGUCAAGCAGGAAGAAGGCAAACAGGAGGACGGUGGAAGAGCUCGACGGAUCACAGGGCUCUAGGCAAGUCGUUAACGAUAACCUUUUUAUGGGUAACCCACAUGUUAUGUCUGAUAUUUAUUAUUGUAAGUCAUCGAUAGAGGGUUUAGAAUUACCUAAGGUUGAACUCUCAUAUUUUGAUGGAAGGUCUCGCGACUAUUUUAAGUUCAUACGACAGAUAGAAUCGUUUAUAGAACCUCGAAUCAAGGAUGAUCAAGUGCGUUUAUUGUAUUUAAUUCAUUAUUGUAAGGGAAAAGCAAAAAAUGCGAUUGAAGGUUGUAUUAUUAUGGAUCCUCAAUCAGGAUAUAAGAGAGCUAAGGCCAUUCUAAAACAGCUCUUUGGACAGACGCAUGUAAUAGCGCGAGAAACCUUAGAGGACUUAUUUAGAACUGGGAAUGUAGAAUUUAAUGAUCCUGAAUCAUUGACGAACUUGGCCAUUAAAAUGCAGAAUGCUUCUUUAACUUUAGAACAGCUAAAUUGUACAGCUGAACUUAACUCUAUGGCUACUUUAGAACGAAUAGUAAGGCUCUUACCUCGUCGAAUGCAAGCCCAGUGGGCAGAGCUAGUAUUCAAG